AAAACCAUUGAAUCUGAAACAGUGAAGACCUCAGAAGUGAUUAAAAAGAAGCUUGAAGAAAUAACUGGCACAGUUAAAGAGAGUUUGGAUGAAGUCAGUAAGAGCGAUAUCGGCCGGAAGAUAAAGGAAGGGGUGGAAGAAGCAGCCAAGACAGCCAAGCAAUCUGCAGAGUCAGUGACAAAAGGAGGGGAGAAAUUAGGCAAGACAGCAGCCUUCAAAGCUAUUUCUCAGGGAGUAGAAACUGUUAAGAAGGAAAUAGAUGAAAGUGUUUUGGGGCAGACUGGUCCCUACAAACGUCCGGAGCGACUACGAAAAAGAACAGAAUUCUCAGGGGAGAGGAUUAAAGAGGAGAGAAUAUUUGAAGCUAAUGAGGAGGCCAUGGGUGUGGUGCUGCACAAAGACUCCAAAUGGUACCAGCAGUGGAAAGAUUUCAAGGACAACAACGUGGUCUUCAAUAGGUUCUUUGAGAUGAAAAUGAAGUAUGAUGAAAGUGAUAACGCCUUCAUUCGAGCUUCCAGAGCUGUCACAGACAAAGUCACUGACUUGAUAGGUGGAUUAUUCUCCAAGACAGAGAUGUCUGAAGUGCUGACAGAGAUCCUCAAAGUGGAUCCAUCCUUUGACAAGGAUCGUUUUUUAAAGCAGUGUGAGCAUGAUAUAAUCCCCAAUGUCCUGGAGGCUAUGAUGUCUGGAGAGCUUGAUAUCCUCAAAGAUUGGUGCUAUGAAGCGACUUACAGUCAGCUGGCUCACCCAAUCCAGCAAGCCAAAGCCAUGGGCCUGCAGUUCCACUCCAGGAUUCUUGACAUUGACAACAUUGAUCUGGCUAUGGGGAAGAUGAUGGAGCAGGGACCAGUGUUAAUCAUCACUUUCCAGGCUCAGGUCGUGAUGGUGGUUAAGAACCAGAGUGGAGAAGUGGUGGAAGGUGACCCAGACAAGGUUCUGCGGAUGCUCUACGUGUGGGCACUCUGCAGAGACCAGGAUGAACUCAACCCCUACGCUGCCUGGAGGCUGCUGGACAUCUCCUCCUCCAGCACUGAGCAGGUUCUCUGA